GCGAAAGUGAAAAGUUGCAUUUCCCCGACCUUGGGAUAGUGUGCGAUAGUAAAAGUGGCAAUGGCAGUGCUCAGGAUUUGCGCGCUACUCCUCCUGUACUCGCAAUUAAGUCAGGCGAUCAAAGUGGAUAGUCUGGGGAGGGAUGGAACUCCUACUAGCAGUUCUCCAAGUCCCCCCGUUUAUAGAGUGUCUAAGCCCGAGCCCAAGCAGCCCGAAAACCGAGUGCCCCCACAUCUGCAGGACAUUCGACCUGGCUAUGUGGACGACGAUGCCGGGGAUGUGAUCAGGAUCAUUGAGCCACCUCAGCAUUUCCAGCAGCUAAAGCGCCUGCGGCAAAGGCAACCCACCAAUCCACCUGUGGUCUGGGAACAACCCAGAAAACUGUCCUCUAACAGAGCUAAAAUCAUACCCCAAAGAGACCUGCUCACUCAGGAAACUCAAGUUCAGAAUGCCCCCAAUCAGCUGCAAAUUCCCGUGGAAAUCCUUGCUUCUGUGCGUAAAACAGAGCGUUUGUUGCAGCGCCACAGACACAAGUUGCCAUUGGUGAGGCAACGUCAUGUUCAGCGACAAAGUCACACGUUGAUAACCCAAAAAACGUUGGAGCAGCAGAUCUACCAUCGUGGCCAACAGCAAAGGCUAAGAGCGGUGCUGAGUCGCAAUCAGGAGCACAAGAGGAGUAAAAGAAAUAGGAGGCAAGUUCCGGAGAAGAAAAGGGAAACUUAUGAUGUGCAAAAGGGUUUGAAACUGGUGGCUCACAUUGGGGAUUUGUUGAAAAAUGCCACACAAUAUUUGCCCGACGAGGGUGAAACCGCCAAUGAGGUGAAGAGGUCACCAAUAUGCAGCAAUGCCACCAACUGCGACCAUCGGCGACGUCGCCAAAGACUUUUCAAACAGCGAGCCAAGUCAGCAGAGCGGGAAAAAUUGAAAGAGAGGCGGCGACACUUCCGCAACGAGGCAUUAACUUCCACAGAGGCGACAAUAACAACUACCACUGGCAAAUCGGUGUUUUCAAGUGCCAAUUCAAUUGCGGAAACUUCCGCAACUCCGCUGGCCAGUCGCCUGCUCAAUUCACGCAAAUCCAAAUCCACAUCCGAAUCCAAAUCACCAAAUAACAACCGCAACUUGGGCCGCAGCGAUGACUCCAUACUCUAUGCGGAUGUAAUGACGAAUAUACGCAAUUUGUGGCAGGAGCACGAUCUGUUGGCGGGACCCAAGUUUAUUGGCCCCAGUGAAGUGGCCAACAACACGGACUAUCGCGCCUUGGACGUGUAUCUCAAGGACCUGGAUGACUUGGCCAAAAAGCUGCCCACUGUGGCCCCCAUAACUGGCCUGAAUCAAGAGGAACUGCAGAGGGCCACUCCCACGCCCAGUUGGUAUCUGAUAAACUCAGAGGGCGGCAUCUACGAGACCCGACUGGACAGUCAAACCAAGCCUUCCUCAUCGCUUUUCCAUCGAUUUCCCGACAUGCCCAGCCAAAAUCAGAGUGUGUCCACAUUGGACUACGAGUAAUCCGUCCUCUUCGCGUGCUUAACUAGUUG